GUGCGUUUUGUGAUGUCACGACUACUGGGAGAAUGUGGUGAUCAGAGCCACGAGGAGGAUGAGAUGGCUGCUCCUCGUACUUCAGAUCCUUGCCACUUCCUGGCCCAGCCAUGCCAUAGUUGAUACCUGCGACAUUUGUGGAAGACGUCCCACAGUGCACGGCCAUGCUGAACACAUGCGGACCGCGGGCGGGUCCGAUGCCCUGCCGGGGGCCUGGCCGUGGAUCGUCACCUUGCAGCUGCCCACCAUGACGGGGCACAAGCACACAUGUGGCGGGUCCCUCAUCACGGCCCGGUGGGUUCUCACAGCAGCUCACUGCUUCGGAAACAAGAGGAAUCUCCCCCACUGGCGCGCAGUGAUUGGUGCCUCGCAGCUCUCCGCCCUGGGCGCAGAGGUCCAUGUGCGCUAUGUCAAGCAGGUGGUCCUGCACGAGGAGUACCAGCCAACCAUGGAGGCGAACGACAUUGCCCUGAUGGAGCUGGACCAGCCGAUCAAGUGCAGCGACUUCAUCCAACCGGCCUGUUUACCCGACAGCACCGUGAGGGUGGACACGCUCACCCACUGCUACAUCAGUGGCUGGGGCGUCGUGAGAGACCAUGCCAAGCCGCCAUCGGACAUCAUGCAGGAGGCCCAAGUCGACCGCAUUUCUUCGGAGAAGUGCAACAGCAGCAGCUGGUACAACGGGGCCAUCAGCCUACACGACGUGUGUGCAGGUCUUGAGGAGGGAGGCACCGACAGCUGCCAGGGAGACAGCGGAGGCCCCCUGAUGUGCCGGGAAGACUCCUCGCGGCCAUUCUGGGUGAUUGGCGUCACCAGCUGGGGCCGUGGCUGCGCUCAGCCUCACAAGCCAGGAGUCUACACCGCCACGCAGCACUUCCACGACUGGAUUAAGGGGUGGACUGGACCCAUGCCUCAGCCCCCACCCACGACAAAGCCCCCAUCCUCCACCGAAGGCACUCAGCCUUCCCCCACAGCCCACUCCUCAUCCACUGUCACCUUUCAUUUGGAGCCCAUGGGGAGCAUUGAGCCACCACACACACACUGGCCCCAUUCCUCCCUGCCCCCUACACACGCGCCCCGGCCCACAGCAGUACCCACACCAGAGCCCUUGCCCACCACAGCAUCAGACAUCCCGCCCCCAUCAAGGCCUCCCCUGAAGCCCCUUUCCUGGCCCUGGACAUUUUCUUCUAACGUGGUGAGCAGCACUGAGCCCAGCACAAAUCCUGCAGCCCCCCACCAAACCAAGCCCCACCCAGAGUCCGCAGCCCCACAUCAAAAUGAGCCCCGACCCAAACCUGAAGCCUCAUCUCAUCCAAAACCCCAACCUGAGCCCUCAACCUCCCCUGAGUCCCAACGUGAGCCUGAAGCUCCCACUCAACCUGAGCCCAAACCCACCACUCAGCCCAAAUCCCAAACCCAAACCACCACUCAAAACGAAGACCUACCUCGGCCCGAAGCCACCACCGAACCUCAAUCUUUAGCCGAGCCCGAAAUCACCACUCAACCUGAAUCCCAAACUGGGUCCAAAACUACCACUCAAUCCGUAUCCCAAACCAUGUCCAAAACCACCACUCAACCUCAAUCCCAAACCAUGUCCAAAACCACCACUCAACCUCAAUCUCAAACCUGGUCUGAAACCACCACUCAAACCGAAUCCCUUCCUCAGCCCGAAGUCACCACUCAACCUCAAUCUCAGUCUGGGUCCGAAACCACAACUCAGCCUGAAUCCCAAACUGGUUCUGAAACCACCACUCAACCUCAAUCCCAAACCAUGUCCAAAACCACCACUCAACCUCAAUCUCAAACCUGGUCUGAAACCACCACUCAAGCCGAAUCCCUUCCUCAGUCCAAAGCCACCACUCAACCUCAAUCUCAGUCUGGGUCCGAAACCACAACUCAGCCUGAAUCCCAAACUGGUUCUGAAACCACCACUCAACUUGAAUCCUCAUCUCAGUCCAAAGCCACCACUCAAUCCAAAUCCCAAACUGGGUCUGAAACCACAGCUCAACUUGAAUCCUUAUCUCAGUCCAAAGCCACCACUCAACCUCAAUCCCAAUCUGGGUCCGAAACCAGCACCCAACCUGAAUCCCAAACUGGUUCCGAAACGAUGACUCAACCCGAAUCCUCAUCUCAGUCCACAGCCACCACUCAACCUCAAUCCCAAUCUGGGUCCGAAACCAGCACCCAACCUGAAUCCCAAACUGGUUCCGAAACGAUGACUCAACCCGAAUCCUCAUCUCAGUCCACAGCCACCACUCAACCUCAAUCCCAAACUGGGUCCGAAACCAGCACUCAACCCCAAUCCCAAAUUGGGUCCGAAACCACCCUUGACCCCCAAACUCAGUCCGAAGCACGUCCUCAACCUGGGCCUGAAUCUGAGCCUGAUGCCCCCCCUCAACCCAAGCCCCAACCUGAGGCUCAACCCCCCGCUCAACCCCAGGCCAAAGCCCCAUCACAAACCAAACCCUCUCUCACAGAUGCCAACAGCACCGUGGUUGCCUUCUUUAAGAUGUUUGAAAAGUUCUUGCAAGCCAUAAGGAAGGAGAAGGGCAAGACAUGGUCAAAUCCCGCAGUAGUGGAAAUCACCGUGCACAAGCAGACUCCCCCUCCCCAGACUACGCCCCCCCAGACUACAGGACACCCAACAGUCCUCAACCCAGGUGGGGAGACAGAGAGCCCAUGCGGAGAAAAGAAGAACUCAGCAGCACCUGUGCCCGAGCACAAGUGUGGCACUGACAUGAACAGGUCUUAGCAGCACCAAGUGCCCCCGAAGGAACUCCUGUGGCACUUUCUAUAGCAAACCAAGGUGGAAAUAAAUGUAUGUUUAUUGCA